UAAGUCGACAGCGGUUGUACUUCAGUAUGUUUUCACUUUUAGACCACGACUAACAAUUGUAUUGAGGUCGUUUUGUUCUGGUUGUUGUAAUGGCUGUUUCCAAUGGUGUAAUCACUGUGAAUUCUUCCAUUUACUGUGAUUAUCUUCCGCUCAUGGUUUUUUGACAAUUAUAUGGAGAAAGAAGUUUGAGAUUUGAUGCAUAAUAAACUUUUUUUAAUAGUUGAAGUCUUUAAACAUGAUCUUGUCCAAUAGAUAGUGUCUUAUGGUACAUAAUGCCUGAUUGUUAGAUGUUCAUGAGAAUUCUCAUGAUUAGUUGAUUAAUCAACUAUUGACAAUAACACUUUUACAAAUUGGUUUCAAUGAGCAACACAGUUGAUCAAGGGUAUCGCGUUAUUUUUCUCUAAAAUCACAUGUUUCAGUACAAAGUAUGAUACAGGAAAGCAAACAUGAUUGAAUAUCAUUUCACAAAUAACGGUUAGGAUGAUGAAAGUAUUAGAGGUCACUCUCUUCAAUAGAAUUGUGACCUGGCUGUCGGACCAAAUCUUUGCUUUGUCACUUCAGUAACGCUUAAUUCAUCAGUUUAAAGUUUAGUCUUGUCAAUAUGGCUACAAAAAUUUCCUCAGAAUACCAUAAUCUUUUUCUUCCCUACAUGGGUCGUUAGCAUUUUAAAAAUAUUAUAAAAGUCACUUUGAUUGUUACCUGAAAACAUGGCAUCUUCAUUUAGUGAUUAACAUAGCUGUUGGUAAAUUGAAAAGUAGUACACGUGUACUUCUACGUUUGAGAACAGUUAUAUCACCAAGAUCAGCAACUCCAUCUAGCACUAUUCCUUACCAAAAAUAGUCGAAAAGCUAGUUGCAAUAUCCAUCAUACCUUAUAUUUCUGUUUAUCAGUAGUAAUUACCUCAGUUAGAUAAUUUUUCGCGACAUUUCUGUACUUGGUUUGUAUAUGCUAAUUCCUGUCUAACACCUCAAUUUUUCUUCUCGAACAGAUAAUGGGGCUAUGCGAUGCAUUAAGAGGAAACGUGAUUUACGAGACGAUAAGACCUUAUGUCAUGUUAUGUUUGCCAAAUGAUUCAUUGGCUUCAGAGUCGUGUAUUUCUGAAUUGAAGUGUGCAUCUGCCUACUUGGAUUGUACUUAUUUUAUUCUACGUGUUAUUAAUACUGAGUUGUUACAGAUAAAGCAAUCGAAUAAAAUGAAGUCCGAUGAUUUUUACAGAAAUGUAUUAUCCAUACUUGAUUUACUGCUUAAACCUGAGAAAAAGCCGUCAGGAUUUCUGGGAGAACUACCAAAACCAAAAAGUGAUUUAUUUCGUCAUUCAAAAUAUUCCCAUCUACGUCAUUAUUUCACUCAAGUAUGGAUUUCGUAUCUAAACAACGAAUUAUCAGAUGACAUACGUAUAAAAUCUAUACGGUAUUUGGGUAAUGAGGGCAUGAAUCGCUUAGCCGAAAUUCGAUUAUUAGCUGAUCACAUUAUACCAAUUUUUGAUCCUGAUCCGGAGAAUAAAUUGUCUCAAACAGAAUUGGCAAAAUUUCCAACUAGUUGGUCUCGUGCAGUUUGUCAUGCAGUACUUGGUUUGAUUCAAAAAGGUGAUUUCAAUUAUCCACGUUUAUACAUUCGGCUGUAUCGUUUAUUGGACGAAACUUUGUUUGAAUGUCCAGACGUUAAACCUUUUCUGAUUAAUUUAGAUAUUUAUUUAAGCUCCAUACAUUUAGCUACAUCAGUUGUUGCAUCAUUCUUAAAACGACUAUCUCAAUUAUCCUUAUUCAGUCCAAUUUCACUUAUACCUGCAAUACUUUUAAUUAUUUCCAAUGGUUUAAAAAAUCAUCCUCAUUGUCGUGUUUUAAUUAACUAUAAACAGAAAAAGUCACCAAAAUUAAAUAACAUUCAAUCAGAUGAUGCAUUACAUGCACAAUCAAUUGGUGAUCCUUAUAAUUGGGAAGCAGAUACUUUUGAUUUAUCUAGAGCAUUAGAAAGUAGUCUAUGGGAAGUUUAUGCCCUAAUUGGUCAUUAUUCACCAGAUAUCUCAUCAUUAGCAUAUAAAAUUUGUAAUCCUGAUCCAACGGAUACGUUUAAUUCUUCUGUAGCUGACAUACUUGAUAAACAAAAAAAGAGUAUUAAAGAAGCAACCCGUUCUGUGAAGGAAGCAUUGUACCUGUUAUCUCAAACUAAUAUUACGAUGCCAGAAUUACCUCCACUUGAUGGUUGGGCGUAA